AUGAUUGAUGAUAGUGCAGAGGUUGUUCAGCAAAAACUGAUGCGAUUAGAACAAGCUGAACAAAACGAAGACAUCGUCGAAGAAGUGGAGGAUGAAGAUGAUGGCUCAGAGGAUUCUCGGGAGCAGCCAGGCAGCGCUGUGCAAUCUGAGGACGAUCUUGAGGAAGAGAACGACUACUGCGCAAAUUACUUUGAUAAUGGUGAAGGGUAUGGUGAUCUCGGAUCAGAUGAUAACAUGGAUGGUGAUGAGUACUAG